UGGAUCCAACAUUAAUCUCAAUUCCCAAAUCUGCCAAGUGUAUUGUAAGAGGUGCUGCGUUCUGCAAUAUUUUGUUUGCAUUGUCUUUUACUAUAUUUUCUUGCCUACUAAACGUUGCAUUCUUAUAAAUAUGGCUAACAUAGCCGCCAAGCGCAUUAAGCGAGAAUUUAAGGAGGUGAUGAACAGUGAAGAGGUGGCUGGGGGUUACAUCAAGCUGGCCCUAGUCGGUGAGAGCUGGACCGAACUCCAAGGCACCAUAGCUGGCCCGCCGGACACCCCGUACGAGGGUGGCACGUUCCAGUUGGAAAUCAAAGUGCCCGAGACGUAUCCCUUCAACCCACCCAAGAUCCGCUUCGUAACUAAGAUCUGGCAUCCAAACGUGUCAUCGGUGACGGGUGCUAUUUGUCUGGACAUCCUGAAGGACCAGUGGGCGGCGGCGCUCACAUUGCGCACAGUGUUGCUGUCGAUCCAAGCCCUGCUGUCCGCCGCUGAGGCCGGCGACCCACAAGACGCCGUGGUCGCCAAACAGUACCGUGAGAGCCAGCAUCUUUUCAUCCUAACAGCUCGGCAUUGGACGAACAUAUACGCGGGGGGGCCCACCGUCAUCUGGGAGUUCAACCAGAAAGUCCAGCGCCUGGUGGACAUGGGCGUCGACGCGCAUGAGGCGAGAGUGGCACUGUCGCACUACGAUUGGGAGCUCGAAAGAGCCACGGAGCAAAUUUUCAGUUAGACAUCCAAAUAUAAUUUACUUUAGUUGUACUUAUUAUCCGGUCCCGUAAGUUGUUUAAUUUCGACGGUCUUCUGCUCGUUUGCACUAACGGCGGACUAAGCGAUGCGUAAGUAAGUGACGCCUAAUCAAAGAUGAUUCCUAGGCAUACAUUUCACCAAUCGAUUUUCACUAUAUAACCUAACGUGUCUAUAGUUCUUGCCAAAAGGUGUUUUAUUUUCUGUUUGUAUUAUUAAUAUUAUAUUAGUAUUGAAUUUAUAUUAUUUCACCGCUCAAUCGGAUCGUAACGUUAGCUGGCGCCUAGCGUCUUUAGUCAUCAUCUAAGAUGACUAAGCGCUUAUUUAAGAAAAAUCUGGUUGAGGAAGUACUAAUACUCAUUUUCAUGUUCAGCGAACAAAUUUCAUUUCAUUUCAUACACUUCAAUCCAUACAUUACAUUUCAUACAUUUCAUGUCAUACAUUUUAUUUCAUUUCAUAAAUUUCAUUUCAUACAUUUCAUGUCAUACAUUUGAAUGUCAUAAAAGAGUUGGUGAAACUUUUAUUUCUGUACGCAUCACUAAAAUCAUCAGGCGUCCGAUUUAAGCGUAGCCUGGGUUUAGUGGAAACGACCAAAAGACUACUAUUGAUUAUUGAAACGCACUAAUCACAAAUGUGUGAGCUCACGCAUUUGACACAUACAUCACCGAAAUAAAUUUAGGCGAGAGGGCGUAUCAACGAUUGAAAUCUUUAUUUUUAAUUGAUUUUAUCAGCACAUGGUGAUUUUGUUUUCAGCCAGUAUAUUUGAAAACUUUGUAAAUGUAAAUUUCUAACUGAAUGGCAAUCGAUUUUUAAUAUUAUAUUUAAGUAUCGGUUCUGUAAUUGGUGUGACGUUAGUCCAAGCGAAAGAUAUGGGUGAGACUUUUUGCCUUUAGAAAAAAUGGGGUGACACAUUGAAUGAUUGUUUAAUUGUAUGUAACUCAUGAAACUUUGUCACCUUAACCGAUCAAUAUGAUACUCUGCGCACACGUUGCGAGGGGUAGAAAGUAGGUCAGAGGGUACAGUUAUUUUCAAAAAGUACUGUGCCCGAGGGAUGGAGAAAUAUUGUGUAGGUAGGGUAGGGUAGAUUUCAAUUUUCCUCAAGUACUAACGGUCCUUCGCGACUUCGUCGAAUGCUGUCGAGUUGUUUGGAACUUUUAAAUGGAAACAACUUUGUCUUACGCAGCGCACGCAGCGGAUUUCGAAUUUUCGAAUCGGACUAGUAGUUCCUGAGCGCAAACAAACAAACAAGCUCUUCAGCUUUAUAUAUUAUUAUAUGGAAAGAUUAACAUCAUGUUUCCAAACGUUCCUGUCAUAGCCUACUUUUUCUAAAACCUAUAAAGUCACUACAAACCCACAAGUCGGAAUUUUCUAUAUUUAUUUCGUACCUUAAUAUUUGUUCCUUAUAUAAACUACAUUAAAUCUUAUUGAUAAAGAA